AUGGCUCGUACAAAACAAACUGCACGUAAAUCUACAGGUGGAAAAGCACCAAGAAAACAACUUGCUACAAAAGCUGCCCGUAAAUCUGCCCCUGCUACUGGAGGGGUUAAGAAACCACAUAGAUAUCGUCCUGGAACUGUUGCUCUUCGUGAGAUUAGAAAAUAUCAAAAGUCAACUGAACUGUUAAUUCGAAGAAUGCCUUUUCAACGUUUAGUUCGUGAAAUUGCACAAGAUUUCAAAACUGAUCUUCGUUUUCAAUCAUCAGCUGUUAUGGCUCUUCAAGAAUCGGCCGAAGCUUAUCUUGUAGGACUUUUUGAAGAUACAAAUCUAUGUGCUAUUCAUGCCAAACGUGUCACUAUCAUGCCAAAAGACAUUCAAUUAGCCAGAAGAAUUCGUGGUGAACGUGCUUAA